AUGUUCCAAAAGUCUCUGAUUGUCUUGGCUAUUUCUCUCUUCUGUCUUGCUUCAUCUCAAAUUGUGUACACUCCAGAAGUCGUUUCAUCUCCAUAUUACUAUCCAUAUUCUUAUUCAUCUCCGGCUGUUGCUUAUCCAAAUGCUUUCUAUGGAUGGGGAUCAAAUAAGGGACAACAAUCUCCUUCUGCUGCUCCAACUCAGAAGUUGACAAACAAUCAAUGA